CGGGGCCUGCGGCCGCUCCCGAGACGAUGCCAGCGCAGCCGCCGCUCGCCAUGGGCCCGCGCCCCGGGCUGCUGUUACCUCUGGUGCUCUUCGUGGGGUUCGGCGCGCUCGUGUCUUCUGUGGGGGCCUCGGGCGGCCGCAAGCGAGGCCCGUCGGUGACGGCCAAGGUCUUCUUUGAUGUGAGAAUUGGAGACAAAGAUGUUGGCAGAAUUGUGAUUGGCCUCUUUGGGAAAGUUGUGCCCAAGACUGUGGACAAUUUUAUCGCCCUGGCAACAGGAGAGAGAGGAUAUGGGUAUAAAGGAAGCAAAUUCCAUCGUGUCAUCAAAGACUUCAUGAUUCAAGGAGGAGACUUCACCCAUGGAGAUGGCACUGGCGGUAUAAGCAUUUAUGGUGACACAUUUCCCGAUGAGAACUUCAAACUGAAACAUUAUGGCAUUGGGUGGGUCAGCAUGGCCAAUGCUGGACCUGACACCAAUGGCUCUCAGUUCUUUAUCACCUUGACCAAGCCCUCCUGGCUGGAUGGCAAGCAUGUGGUAUUUGGAAGAGUCCUUGAUGGAAUGGCAGUGGUCCACUCGAUAGAACUUCAGGCAACGGACGGACGCGAUCGCCCUCUCACCGACUGCUCCAUCACCAACAGUGGCAAGAUAGACGUGAAAACACCCUUCGUGGUUGAGGUGGAUGACUGGUGACACAGCUCUCAGAAAACAAGGAACGCACCCUGGCAGGGGUGUGUGGGUGUGAGUGUGCAUGCACGCACGUGUGUGUGAGUUGAAAGUUACUUUAUGUGCAUGGUUGCUUUUUUGUUUUUUGACUUCUGCUUCCCAUCCCAGAUCACAGGAUAGUUAUAAACACCAAUCACUCCAAGUUUAGUUUGCAUGAAUUUUGCUAAGUCAUUUUGGUAAGUUGAGGGACUUAGCAGACACUCUCUUCCUGUAAUGGUGCUAUUUUUGAACUAGAAAACUUUGUAGAGGCUGUUGUUUUUUGAAGACGACAAUCGUUCUGUGCAAUUCAUCCUGUUCUUCAAGUUGAAUGAUGCUGCAGGCUUGUCUUAAAAAGAUGACAACAUGAAAUUCAUUAUUUUGUAUUCGAACAUAAAUUCUUCUCAGGUAAAAGGGAGAUUUGAUUAGUGUCAUCUGAUGUAUGUCAUAGGAACUUUUACCUGAUAAAAGGUGCUGUGGUGUUCAUGACAUUAAAUACUUUUUCUAAGCAUCAG